GUUUCUAAAUCUGUUUAUUUGACUCUUUAAAAUUUGAUUUUGUGAAUUAUUUAAUAGAAAUAUUUAACAAUUAGAAGUGCAAAAUCGAGAAUCACAUGUAUUGAGAUGCAUGAUUCAGUCAAUUUUUAAAGAUAAUUUGAUGAUGAGGGGUGCAGGCUUGUUUAUGAACCAUGUGUGUAUUAAGAUGGAGAAAAUAGGGUGAUCAAUGUGAGGAUGAGCACGUUUGGGUCCUGCAAACAGACGUAAACAUCACUGUCAGCAGCAAGAGACCCCACCCUGCCAGAAACAAACCAGAUAAUCCUUGCUACUCAACACUCCCAUCUUUUUGGUCAAAACAUACAAGUAGGGAGUCUUUUUGGGUUUCUGGAGCAAGCAAGAAAUGACAAUUGAGGAGUUGAGAGAAGAUGAAGAAGAGGGUCCUCCUUCUCAGAUUGAAUCUGAGAUUACCACGAAGCCUAGGCGUAUCGCUCUCUUCGUUGAGCCUUCUCCCUUUGCGUAUGUGUCAGGAUACAAGAACCGGUUCCAAAACUUCAUUAAAUAUUUGCGUGAGAUGGGGGAUGAGGUGAUGGUGAUAACAACUCAUGAAGGGGUACCUGAAGAAUUUCAUGGAGCAAUAUUGGUUGGCUCAAGAAGCUUCCCUUUCCCGUGGUAUCAGAAGGUGCCACUUUCCCUUGCCCUGAGCCCUAGAAUAAUCAAUGAGGUUAAACAAUUCAAGCCAGACAUCAUCCAUGCAUCCUCGCCUGGUAUUAUGGUUUUUGGAGCGCUUGCGAUUGCAAAAAUGUUGUCUGUUCCCAUAGUGAUGUCCUACCAUACACAUGUGCCCGUAUACAUUCCAAGAUACACCUAUAGCUGGCUCGUCCAGCCAAUGUGGUUGGUUAUAAAGUUUCUUCAUAGAGCCGCUGAUCUUACAUUGGUGCCAUCAGCUGCUAUUGCGGAGGAUCUCAGAGGUGCCAAAGUUGCAGCAGCUAACAAGAUCCGUCUAUGGAAUAAGGGUGUCGAUUCAGAUAGUUUCCAUCCAAAAUUUAAUUCUCAAGAAAUGCGAAUUAGACUAAGCAAUGGUGAACCUGAUCGGCCUCUGAUCGUACAUGUUGGCCGUAUUGGAGUCGAGAAAAGUUUAGAUUUUCUUAAAAGUGUCAUGGAAAGGAUCCCAGAAGCAAGGAUAGCAUUCGUUGGAGAUGGUCCAUACAGGGAGGAUCUUGAAAAACUAUUUGAAGGCAUGCCAGCAGUUUUCACAGGGAUGUUACAGGGCGAGGAGUUAUCUCAAGCAUUUGCCAGUGGAGAUAUAUUUCUAAUGCCUUCAGAAUCUGAAACACUUGGGCAAGUAGUCCUCGAAGCCAUGUCAUCAGGUAUCCCCGUGGUGGCUGCACGUGCUGGUGGUAUACCAGAUAUUAUCCCUCCAGACCAAGACGGAAAAAGUGGGUACCUCUUCACACCUGGAGAUCUUGAGGACUGCUUAAAAAAACUGGUCCCAUUAUUACAAGACACGGAGUUACGUGAAAAAAUCGGGCAGGCUGCCCGAGGGGAGAUGGAGAAGUACGAUUGGAAGGCAGCCACAGGGGUCAUUAGAAACCAACAGUAUAACGCUGCAAUAUGGUUUUGGAGAAAGAAACGAGAAGAACUACUGAAACCUUUGCGUUGGCUGGCAAACUGUUUUCUUCCUACAGACACGUGUCGGAAGAUAACCGCACCGCCUAAUCCUUAAGAAACGGCCCCGAGACCGUUUGCAACUUUGUACAAUAUGGACAGUGAAGAUUUUCAUGUUUGUUAUUAUUUUUUGUUAACCGUGGGUGUCUGGACAACAUGUGCACAUCUCGACUUAUUCCAUAAGGCUCUGAAAAUCCAAGCCUAGAAUAUAUUUGGAAGUUGAGUUUGGCCUAGCACUCAUGGUGGUUGUUUGUUCAAGUGUAAUUGCAAUUGUGGUAUAUUCAUUUGGUUGUAGGGAGGGGGUGAUAUAGUGGUAGACAUUGUAACAUUGUUCUUAGUAUUUUUAAACACCAUUAUGUAUUUAUUGGAUGUCAUAUUGUAAU